AGCUCCUUGUGCAAGGCUUACUUCAGAGAACUGCCCAACCCGCUGCUCACCUACCAACUCUAUGACAAGUUUGCUGACGCGGUGGCCAUACAACUGGAAGAACAACGAUUAAUAAAGAUCAGAGAUGUGUUGAAGGAGCUUCCUCUUCCCCAUUACAGGACUCUGGAGUAUCUCAUGAAACACCUGAUCCACGUGGCUUCCUUCAGCGCACAAACCAACAUGCAUGCCAGGAACCUGGCCAUUGUGUGGGCACCGAAUCUGCUGAGGUCCAGGGACAUCGAGUCAUCUGGGUUUAAUGGCACCGCAGCAUUCAUGGAGGUCCGAGUCCAGUCUAUUGUGGUGGAAUUUAUUCUGACCCACGUGGAGCAGUUAUUUGGAAAUGGGUCAGCAGACGGAAACCUGAACAGUCCUUCAGCUAUGAACUGGGCAACGUGUGUUCCUGAGGACUAUUAUCGCUCUUUGUCAUACAACCUACCAAGCAUGUUGAACCACGGUGAUGGUCCUCCACAGAUACGA